AUGCUUCGUUUACAGAAAUGCCUGUAUUUUAAUCUUUACUUGUUUGUGAUUUGGUUUGUUGUUGUUGGAUUCUUUUUAUAUGCUAGGCUAAAUAUUCUGGGCCAUUUAACAAAAUAUUUAUCACUGACUGUGUACACGUUGCUUAUUGUGAUUGAAUCUCCAAGAAUAUACCUUGGCCAUUAUGGAAACCUAUCAUGCAGGGUACCGGAGUUGGCAGGUUUUUUAAUGUUAUCUGUUCUUAUGCAGUUACCAUUAGUCAGUUUCUUUUUGUUUAACCCUGUUUUGCUAAGUACUCCUAUGGAACUAACUUUACAUGCUAUGUUAUGUAUUUUCACAAUUACUGAAGUAAUCUUAAGUUUUAUGGGCCUUAAACAAGCAUCCAAUUAUGCUAAGAGUAUUUACUUGUCACAACUAAAAGAUAGAUAA